GGCUCUCUCCUACUAAGAGAAAGUACCAACCUGGAAGGGAGCGUACGUUUAGUUCCGUCCCUAAUUUCAUGCGUGGUGUCCUCAGAAGGUACACUCUGGAGGUGUCCAACUGCUGAUAGGCUUGCUUUCCUGGUGGAUCUCCCGUCAGAUUGUUGUUAGCUCAGACCGCAAGCACUGUAAAGGCAGUUGGAGUCUUCUAGCAAUGGAUAAAUUCGUGAUCCGAACACCUAGAAUGCAGAACAGCCCUCAGAAGAAAGAUCCUGGAGGAAAGAUUUACAAACAGGCCACGAUUGAAUCGCUGAAGAGAGUUGUGGUUAUAGAAGACAUAAAAAGAUGGAAAACUAUGCUGGAGCUUCCUGAUCAAACCAAAGAGAAUCUAGUUGAAGUCUUACGAGAAUUAAAGAAGAAACUACCCUCCAGGGAAGUGUUAAAGUCAACAAGGAUAGGUCACACUGUGAACAAGAUGCGUCAACAUUCAGAUUCAGAAGUGGCUUGUCUUGCCAGAGAAGUUUACACCGAGUGGAGAACUUUUACUGAAAAGCAUUUGGAUAGACCUUCUAUUGAAGUCCGAAGUGAUUCCAAAACUGAGGCAUUGAGGAAGAAUGCCCAGAAAUUACUCUCAGAAGCCUUGGAAUUAGAGAUGGAUCACCUACUGGUUGAAAAUAUUGAGCGGGAAACGUUUCAUCUCUGUUCCCGCCUCAUUAAUGGGCCUUACCGGCGGACGGUGAGGGCCCUGGUCUUCACAUUAAAGCACCGAGCUGAAAUCCGGGCUCAGGUGAAGAACGGCUCGCUGCCCGUCGGCACGUUUGUACAGACCCACAAAAAGUGACCUGAGGACCGAUCCAACCUGAGGCUGGGCAGAAAGGAAAAUGGGCCUCUCUCCCUGCCAUUCAAAGACUCUUUUGAGUUUGGGCAGUGGCUGAUGCUGGCUGUGCUAAAUUUUCCCAUGGUGCUAUUCCCUCAGACGGGAUGCGGCGCCCCGGGAGCCGAGCGGGCUGGAGAGGCUUCAUUAGCUGCGGUGGUGCGCAGGGGCUGCCCAGUGGCAUGUGUAGGCGGUCACUAGGAAGCGCGGUACGCUUGCCAUCACCCAACACCGCGAGGGGGUGACGAAUUUCGCUGUGAGUAUGCCAAGGACACCUCUAAACUUCCCCCAUGUCUGGCAGAUGAAGUCACUACUUUAUUUCACCACCCUGCAGGUAACUGAAACUCAAUUACCGCUGCCGCUCACUUGGUUCCGUCCCCCUGAGUUUAGCCAGCUCCUGCGCCUCUCAGAACUCCCCGGUCUGUUCUCUUUGCUGUACCCCAGGGGUGAGCCUGCCAGAGUCAGCCACUACCCCUUCUUCCCACAACUCACUUAUCUGAAUGUUUCAGCUCUCCCUGGAAGACCUUCUGCGUAGGUCUCCAGAGCCCCCAUGCUGGGUCUUCUAAUGAGGAACUGGCCUAAAGCAGCCCACGCCGUGGGCUUAUUUGAAUAUGUUGGCUCUCAGUUUAGGGCUCUGUACACAUGCAUACUGAAAAUUUUUUAAAAUGAAUUACUGUGGUAGAAAAGAAAUGCAUGUAUAUUUUUAAGUGAAAUUCCUAUUUACACACCUGCUGAACAAUAAUGUAAAUGAUAUUUGCUUUUUUAAAA